AUGAAAGAAAUCGGUCCUUCCCAAUCGCAGCGACGUGACAGUCACGAAAGCCUUGGAUCCAGCGACGAAGGCUCGAGAUCGCCUUCUAGUCAGAAUAGUCCCCGAAGUCAGUUUGUUACGUUUCCUUGUUAUAUGACCUUCGUUAUGACUUCUAACAACUCAAAAUUAAGGUAUUGACGACGAUGACGAAGUAUCCAGAGAUUCGCUUUCUGAGUUCUCAUCAAUACGGCUUGAUGGAACGGAAGACUCCCAAGAUUCCCGUAAGAUUUACCUGUUGCAAUCGUCUGACCAAUGAUUAAAAAUAACUAUUGGAUAAUUUCAGGUAUGGUAUCUUCAAGCGUACCCAACCAAUGCUUCUUGAAUAAUGCCGCAAACCGAAAAAGAGAAGCCAACGAUGGAUCGUUGGAUCCGUCGACUAGAAAACGGACAUUCUCCAACGCCGGUACACUCCAACAAGGAAAUGGGGAGAAAAGAACAGCAACCAAGAUCUGCAGAGUUUGUGGGGAUAAGGCCUACAGUUACAACUUUAAUGUUAUCACCUGCGAAAGUUGCAAGGCUUUCUUCCGAAGAAAUGCGAACAAAGAAAAGGUGAGAACUGACGGCAUUUCAGAAUGUAAUUCGUUAAUUAAUUCUUCCAGGAAAUCCGAUGCCCUUUUAACGAGAAUUGUGACAUAAAUAUCGUAUCAAGAAGGUUUUGUCAGAGAUGUCGUCUACAAAAGUGUUUUAAGGUGGGAAUGAAGAAAGAAUGGAUUAUGAGUGACGAAGCGCGGUUAGAGAAAAAGCAGAGGAUUCAGGACAAUCGGGAGAGAAGGAUGGCCGAGAAGUCUCAGGACGAAAGAGCUGAGCUCAACAAUGUUGUUCCGGCUCCAAUGGCACUUGGUAAUCUGCCUUCCAACGUGCUUCCAUCCGCUAUAUUACCACCACAGGUCAUGGUUUUACCCCCUGUGCCAGCUGCCCCGGAACAAUUGACCCAACCGAGCCUCGCACAGACGGUUUUGCAUGCUCAGCAGGUUCAAAAGUAAGUCGAAUUACUGAUAAGAUCAUUUAUUUUAUUCAUUGACAAACAAGCAAUACAUCCAUUCCAGUGCUCAAAUUCUCGCAGCAGCUGCAGCCUCAGCCCAAGCGGAUGUAAACCAACAGAUUGCUGCCGCUGUCGCCGCAACGCGACCACCAUCCUUACUGGUCUCCAACAACAUGUCGGAGCCGAUGACGAAUGCGGUAAACCAAACUAAUUACAACUCCACACCACAACAAAUCGUCCAAGCCCAUCAGAAUCAGAUCGCUCAAGUCCAACAAGCUGCUCAAGCUGUUCAGGCUUUACAACAACAGGUUCAAAUUGAACAUAUGCAACAGCAAGCAGUUAAUCAGAUGGUGGCACACCAACAACAAGCAGCUGCACAUCAAGCAGCGCAGCAAAUAGUGGCCCAUCAACAGCAACAACAACAAGUCCAAUUAGCAGCGGCGGUCGCGGCAGCUGCAACCGCCAUGGGUGCAGGGAAUCCGGGUUCAGUCAUGAAUCCUCAAACGGCGGCUGAUCUUGUUCAACAACAAGCCGUGGCCGUAUUGCAAGCAGCAGCCACGGCGCCACAGACUCAGUUGACUCCAUCCGUUCUUAACAACGGCUCCGUUAUGAACAAUGCAGUCAUCAACAACAGCGCUGUUUUAAAUACACCGUCUGUUUUGAACAACCAGUCCACAAUCCUCCCGAUCCCCCACCCACCGUUGGUGAAUCAAAUGAAUGGGACACCACCCUCUCUCCCAACUAUCAACGAAGCUGUAGUUUCCCCUCCAGUCACAACUUCAAAUGUAAGAUUCUACGCAAUUGCUUGAGUACAUUAUCAAAUUUAUUUUUUCAGGAGUUGAUUGCGGUUCCUAAAAACUUAUUAAUCAAGUUAGUUGAGAAGAAUAUCGAAGUUAAUCAAGCCAGUGGUAAUCCGCCACUAAAGUGCAACUGUCGAUGUCAAUGUGGACGGUAUCCAAACGACAUUUUAAUAGUCGACAAAGUGAUGGCAGACCUUCUCGAAAGCAGUUCAGUCGAAUCCAAAUCGGAUGAACUCAUGGAAACCGGCAAUUCGAACCGUGAUGAAAUUGAGUACAAUAAUUUGGAUGAAGAAGAUCGGGCGGUCCUGAAUGAGAUCCUCCAGUCCAAUCUAUUCUGGGCAUCCGACCACUCUAUGGAGUCCGGAACUGCCACGGAUGUAGCCUUGAGAAGGCUGAUUCGUAUGAUGGGAGGAUUACAAACCUUCAGACGUCUGAGUAAAAGUGAUCAGACGGUUAUCCUCAAACAUGGAUGUACAUCUCAUUUUGCUAUAAGAUCAGCGAUGACAAUGAAUGACAACUCUUUACAACAGAAUACUCUGAUUUCAAAUACAGUUAUCCAAUUCUACAAUUCACUGAGGGAGGAAUGGAGGACUAAUGAGAGCAUUAUGUUGUUGUUAAGUGUGAUUGUCAUGUUCGAUCCGGACACCCCUGAACUCGAAAACCGCGCUCUAGUACAACUUCAGAAUUCUAAAUGCACCAGAGCUCUAAGGAGGUAAUCUUAGAAGCAAGUUAAGAACUAUUAAUUUUUCAGAAUACUCUUUACCGUCUGUGGAAGCAAUAGAGAGCAAUGUAAAGCCGAGUUCAAUGGGAUCAACAAAAAUAUUUCUAUCCUCAAAUGUCUGAACGACGUGUCUCUUUCACAAGCCAGCACAGCGAAUGGGAACAUUUCCGUUUGUUCUUGGAGUGAUGAGGUCGUGGAGCCUCUACUCUACAAGGAAUUAUACGAACCAAAUCAAAGUAUGGAUAUCAACGUGCAUUAA